CAUGCCUGCAUGUCCACUGCAGCUGUGAUGUGCGAGGCAACCAAUCAUGUUGUGAUUGGCCAUUCCUCAUGCAGCAUCUUGUCAAUGUGUGCAGGCCAGCCUUUUUGACAAGUUGUCUCGGCAGCCCCGUUUUCCUCUCAAUUUUCAUACUCUUACUUUCUGCUCCCCUCCUUUAUAUACUCUUGUGUAUCUUCAAACCUUUGUUGGUGUCCCAUCUGUCGCCAGGGAACUCAACGUGGUCACUAUAGCAUUUUUGACGCUUGCCUAAUGUUUUCUGGUCAACGGAAGAAGCCUGACAGUAAAAAAUCAGGCGGUCAGGGCCAACAACCGCCAACUAGCUUGCCCAUUCCACCGACCCAUAGAGGUGCGCGCGCCACAGACAGGAGCCCUGCCAUUGGAUGGGAAACGCAGAUAUCGGACAGUAACAGCUUAGACUCGAUGUAUAAAUACGACCGGUCGAUUGCUCAAUCCCUAAAUACCGCACAGGUGGCUAUCGCUGUGCCAGACUUUACACAUGGCAUUGCUACGAGGUUUGUCCGCUACAUUGGUGCAAUCGAGGUCCCUGGCCAGAUGCCGGACUCGGUCGAGGUGGCCAACACCUACAUGAUCAACCUUGCUUGGAUUGGCUUGUAUCCGCCAAAGUUUGACGGUAUCACAGACAGGGCCCCUCCCGAGUUUACCCAGCAAGUGUGCUUUAUCGACCAGGCUCCGCAUGACCCCUUGAACGCGCCCAGCCAGGACACAAGCAUCAAGAUGGACAUGCUCGAGGCGAUUGAGCCGCUCUUUAUCUCUGGCCCGUCGGGACUGGGCAAAAGCCACCUGAUGCUUGGGGCUGCUGCCCAGUUGGCGGGCCGGCAAAACGUCGUGGUCAUCUACAUCGACGAUGCUGGCGACCUUAUUUUUGUAUCAGUUGUCGAGCACAUGGCUUGCAGGUUUAUCGACCACCAGCCUUGGUACAAGGAAACCGAGAUGGCGCAGACGAACCUGAAGCGUAUCCGCGCGUACUGCGAUAAAAAGUGGAUUACGGCGAUUGUUGACAAGCCGAGUAAUGACGUGUUUAUGACGGUCAUUGCCGAGGCGACACAGCAGUGCGUUAUCACCACACUCCCUGACUUUAAUGACAUCGACAACAUCGCAUUGGCCCGGAUUUCCAAAGGCCUCGACAACUACCCAGUGGAUGUUGUCUCGACACUGACACGAGUGUAUGCAGACACAGAAUUCCACAAGGUUGACAAGAUUCUGGAGCGCAGCACGCGCAUUUCCCGCUUGCACUCGAUAUUCGUAGAACAUGACGACGCUCUGAAGAAGGUUCGCGUUGGCAAAAACAAGGAGCUGUACUCCGAGAUGCUGCGCAUUAAGCGUGCGGUCUUCAUGAUGUACCACGGCUUGGAAAUGAAACCUGGGUCACGUCGUGAUCUGCAUUUUAUGGUUCCCGACUUGGGCGCAAUCGAGUCGCGCCGAUACGGCAUGAUCCUAUAUGAGUCGUAUUUCCGCGGCACCAUAUUGGAGCAGUUCCAGUGGAUCUUCAAGCUGUGUGCGUCCAAGUACGACAUGGAGCCGAACGAGCGCCUUGGCCAGCGAAUGACGACGGUGAUGUUUGAUUUCGGCCGCCAAGUUAUCACCCUGACAGACUGCAUCACCUUUGACAAUGCCAUAGAAGCGGCCUCUAAUAUCAUUGCGGACAUGCGCAAGGCAGGUCCGAGAUACCUGCCGUCAAAAAGUAAGCAGACAGUAACCUUUGGGCACACUACCAUGCUGCACCUUCCGGGUCUGGACUUCGAUGAGCAAGCCACUCACCACCAAGGGUCCUUCAUUCUCGCUCUCACUCGCGAGGACAAGUUCACAGAGAGCGUUUUUACGGGAUGUGAUAUUAAAGUAACGUGGAUCGUCAGCGACCCGAUCAAGGUGGAGCGGGAUGGGAGAACAACUGGAGUGAAGGGGCUCCCCAAUCCUGCUGACGCACAGGCUGCAGAGCGGGAGCGUGAAUACAACGCGCCGCUGCGCGAUAUGUACGACAAUGACACCGAGUUUGGGUACGAGAACAGCUGGUCAGCAAAGGCGAUCAAGAUCUUUGGGCGCAUUGGAGACAAGAGCAGGUUUGCUGGUGCUGAUGACGUUGGAAUGAUUGCAGUUAAUCCUGAAUCCAUGUCGAGCUUUGGCUUUAUUGCCAUCGAGACGGUAAACGCACUCAAGCCGACGUUAAAGAACGUUUAACUCUCAUUGUCAUUUGCUUCAACAGCAUAUGCGAUACAUAUAAAUAUCCACAGAUUCAAGUGGAAGAAAAGGUUUAUUAACGCGAUAAUAAAGAAGGGUGGGCAUGAGGAGUGGUCGUCAUAGCUUGGGAAGUGGGUCGUUAUGUUGGUGCAAGCCAGCCCUAGGUAGUCGUAAGAAAUUGGUCGGGGGCGGUAGAAGGACGUAGAGGGGAUGUGCGCAGCUUGGAAGGAAUGUGGGCUGGCUGUAUUGCGUAGAGGUCGUUAGGAGGAAUGAGGAGGUCAUUAGGGCGGACGAGUGGUGGAGUAUUAGGUGCGAGGGAGAUUGGUCGGUAUCAAAAGGAAGGGGAGGGGCGUAAUGGCGUUUGGGUAGACCUCUGCGGUCCCGCAGUCCUUUUAUACUGCUCGCUCGACGGGCGACUCGCCACAGCAUAAUGGAAUGUAGGGCGAUUGUGU